CUGAGGCAAAAACUUUAGAACCUGGGGUGCUCUGGUCAGAGGAGUGAGAAGAGUUGCGGUAGAGUCGUCUUCUGGAGGGUCUUCGUGAGAGGAUCAGCAUGUCGUCCGUGAUCAGAAAGGUGAUCAGCACCACAAAAGCCCCGGCGGCCAUUGGUGCCUACAGCCAAGCUGUGCUAGUGGACAGGACGGUUUACAUCUCUGGACAAGUAGGCUUGGAUCCUUCCAGUGGACAGCUUGUGCCAGGAGGGGUAGUAGAAGAAGCUAAACAGGCUCUUACAAACUUGGGUGAGAUUCUGAAAGCUGCAGGCUGUGACUUCACUAAUGUGGUAAAGACAACUGUUUUGUUGGCUGACAUAAAUGACUUUGGCAUGGUCAAUGAAAUCUACAAAAUGUAUUUCAAGAGCAGCCUUCCUGCCAGAGCUGCGUACCAGGUCGCCGCUUUGCCCAGAGGAAGCCGAAUUGAAAUUGAAGCAAUUGCUGUCCUGGGACCUUUCACCACAGCAUGACUAUAAGUGGCCAUGCUGAUGUUGACUCUGGAUUUCUUUGGAAUGUCUUUCACACCUUAAUUUUUACAAAUGAUGCUGGGAGGUAUAAACAUGACCAGAGUAGCUGAGGUAAUCGUGGAAAUGACCUUAUAUAUGUAGACUUGACGUGAAUUGGAGAUUACUGAGAACACUGGCUGAUGUUCUAAUUGUACUUAAUACUCUGUGCUGAGUGAGGGAAGGAUCAGCACAGCUACUCAGAUGAGCAGCAGGGAAGGGACCAAUGAGCUGUUGUUCAUGACAAAUAGUAAAGAGCACACUUAAUUAAUUAAAUUAUAUUAAUUUGCUCAUGUGAAAUAUUUAGUUCUCAUGUUAGAUGUAGGAAACUCAAAUCAAAAUACUUAAACUUGAAUAGUAUAGGAGAAUAGAGUGAACCAAAAUCUUACACAGAUAAUAUUUUUCUAAUGGAAAUAAAAAUAGAAGUGUAACUUUCCCUUCA